UGGAAUCGAAAACAAUGAUGACGUUUACGUUUGACGACCCGACUGUCGUGUAUUCGUAUAUUUUAUACUAAUCCGUGGCUAUUUACACGUUGUAGCUGUAUAGCUGGUAUUGCUAAAACAAUGGUUGUCGAGGAGCCAAGUCCAAAUAAUGGAACAGAAAGUGUCGAGAAAGCGGACAGUGUCACAGCCGUGCCGGAACCAGUGAAAAUCUUCACUGUUGAAAUACUGCAUAUGAUCAAGGAUGCCCAGCAACAGCAUGGCCUCCGACAUGGUGAUUAUCAACGUUAUCGCGGCUACUGCACACGCCGCAUUCGCCGUCUGCGCAAGGCCCUCAAGUAUCCCCAGGGCGACAAGCGUCACUUCAAGCGUCGCGAUGUGACGCUCAGCCAGCUGACGGGCAAGAAGGCCGACGAGCGUUUCAUACACAUACCGUUGAUAAGUGCGGAACGCGCCUGGGCAUAUGCGAUGCAGCUAAAACAGGAGGCCAACACGGAGCAGCGAAAGCGUUUCCACCUGAUUAACAAACUGCGACGCGCCUGUUUCUAUGCUCUUCAAUUGCAGGAGCUGUGCAAUACGGAGGCGUUCGAUGCACGCACCAAGCUGGAGUGCGAGGCAUAUGUGGCCUGGAUGCAUGGCAGUUUGCACUUUGAACUGCAGCUGUGGGAUUCGGCUGGUGAGCAUUUAAAACGCGCCCAGGUGGUGUAUGAGAAUUUGGCCAAGGCGCUGCCCGACGACGAUCAGGAGCUGUAUCGCGCCAAAGUCAAUGAGUUCACGCCCAAUUUGCGCUAUUGCGCGUACAACAUUAGUGGCGGGGCCAGCGGUGGCAAGAUCGAUGAAAUCCUCGAGUUGCGUGCCCAGGGUGUUCUGGAGAACUUAGAUGUGCUGGUGAGCCAAACGAAGUCCGAGAGCAGCGAGGGACUGCAGACAAUUGACUGGCGUGGUCGCAAGGUAACCGUGCGGCCGGAGAAGGUGCGUUUGUUUUUGCUCAGUGCACAGGAGCUGGAUAAAUCACUGGCAAAGACAACGAAACUGGAUGGCAAGAUUGAGCUGAUCGAACGCAUUUUGAUGGAUUGCAAGGAUGCCAUCCAGGCAGUGCGGGACGAGAUCAAACAGGAUCCCAAGCUGCGCUCCCUGACCACUGGUCAAACGGUCUCUGGCGUACAGUAUUUGCUGGCAUAUCUGAGCUACAUUCGCCACAGCCGUACUCUACAGCGCAAUUUGUGUUUGGUUGAUCAGGCCAAGUUGAACUUUGAUGAUCCCAAUCAGCAGCAGAGCCAAACUCAGACCGAUGGCAAACGUGUGCGUCCGCAGGAUUUGGCACGUCUAUACGAGAUAAUCUUGCAGAAUGUCACUGAAAUGCAGCAGAUCAGCGGCAUGGAGGAUGAUGCUCAGUAUCAGGGCGAGGUGGCCAAUUUGGCUCACACAUUUAAGGCUUUCCGCUGCUAUUACAUUGCGCUCACGCUCAUCGACAUGAAAAAGUGGAAGGAGGCCGUGGCGCUAUACGAACGCGCCUCCAACUAUGCCAACGAUGCGCUCAAGGGCAAACCCUGUGCCGAAUUCCAAAUGCAAUCGGAGCUUAAGCGAAUGCUUUCCUCAAUCGAUGGCAGCAAGUUCUCGGCCCAUGCGUACAGUGUGCUGGAGGAUGACAAUAGCGAGGAUGCCGCCGGUGUCUCGACCAAGUCGCAGAAAACAACGAAACCACUCUACGAGCGCCUCUCCCAAUACAAGGAGGAUCAAUCGCUGCACACCCGAUCACCCAAUGUGUUUAAGCUGACGCCCGACAUGGAACCCAUACCCUGCAAGCCGCUAUUCUUUGACUUGGCCAUGAACUACUUGGAGUUGCCAUCGCUGGAGGACAAACUCGAGUCGCCGGGCAAGAAGGGUGCCUCCAUAACGGGCUUCGUCAAGGGCUUCCUCGGCUGGGGUGGCGGUGGCAAUAAGUGAGACCUCAACUGCAUGAUCAAAACUCGAAAGCCCCCUCGUAUAAAAUUCCAUGUUGAUGUUGCUUUUAUAGAAAAGACGUCAAACUGCCAAUGUAGUUUGAACGUUUCAUUAUUGUUUUUGCUUUUAGAUACUGGCUUUUCUUUUAGUAUAAAUACGACUACCAACAACAAACAAGAUUUAUCGGCAAAGUUUAAGUUACAAUAGUGAGGAUAUUUUGGUAAUAAAGGAAGCUAAACAAG